UUAUGUCCUUAUAGUUCUGCACUUUUGCCUAAAAUGGCCAAGCAAAAUUCUCCAUCACUAAUCGAAGUUGUAAAACAAGUUGCAGAGCAGCAGCAUUCACAAGCAUCAGAGAUAGAAAAAACCAAAACUGUUCUUUUCCAAUUGCAGGCGAAGUUUCAGGAAUUAGAAAAGGAAAUGGAUUCUAUUCUGUUAGAAACCAAGAAGACAGAAAGGGAAAUAUAUCUGCAAGAUGAUGCCAUAGAAGUGACAAAAUAUCACUGUGAAAAUCUAGAGGCCCAAGUCAGAGCCCUAUAUUAUGAAAAUUUAAAGCUGAGGCAUGACGCAGAAACAGUACAAGAAGAGUUUGAGAUGACAUUUGCAAGAAAUAAUGAAUAUCGGGAAAAAAUAAGGGCUCAUAAACGUCUCUUUUGGGAGAUGGAAAGUAAAAUGCCAGUAAUGAUUGAGCUUGCUAAAAAGAAAGCUGUCGUUAAAGAAUUAAAGAAAAAGAAAGAGGAGUUAAUGCAUGAUCUCCAGAAUCCAGAAGGAUCUGUUAUAAAACAAAUGCAGGAGGAAAUUACACUUCUAAAAAGGGAAAUCACAACAUUGAAAGAGUUCAUCAAUAAAAAAACAGAUUUGCUGGAAGAAGAGAAAAAAAUACAUGCUAAGCUUAGAAAAGAAAUUGAGGUACAGAAUAAAAGAUAUGAUGCUAUUUUAAAACGUUUGCAUUGCCAACUGAACAAACUCCAUUCAAAUAAAAGACAAUGGCACUGGAACAUUCAGCAGUUGGAGAAGAAGGCAGCAGAACUAAGAAAGUGUCUCGGAGAAGUGGAGUUACAAAGUAGCAUAUAA